AUUUAUAAUGCUGAACAUUAUAAAUCACACCUAUGUAAUGUGAUUAAUAUCAAUAUAUAAGCAUUUGAAUAGAUUUUUGUGCGAUAUAUGUACGAAUCAGAAAUUUAAUCGAAAAAUUGCCUUCACUGCUAACAGUCCGAUGAUUUAUCGUUGUGAAAAGCGUGAUUAAAUGAUAAAUAAAUUAUUGCACCGUCCAAUAACUAUCGUUCGAAUAGGAGGAAGACUGGUGCUAUGUUUCAUAUAAAAUUUGAUAAUUUGUAAUAUUUGUAAAUAGUAAGUAAGGAUAAAGACAUUCAUUUGCAAGCAAUAGUAAUUUAUCAUGGAGUAAACCAAUUGAGAAAAUAUUGACCUAGCGCCACCGACAAAGGUUUUGUGUGCAUUGUUGUUACAUAAAGUGAAGCAAAAUGAAGUUUGCAGAACAUUUAUCUGCCCAUAUUACACCUGAGUGGCGUAAACAAUACAUUAGCUAUGAGGAAAUGAAGGCGAUGCUUUAUACUGCUGUAGAAGAAGCACCGUCAGCUGAAAGUGUUGAGCCAGAAGUGAUAUCCAGACAUUUUGCUUCUUUUGAUGAAGUAUUUUUUACAUUCUGUGAUCGUGAAUUAAAGAAAAUUAAUACUUUCUAUUCUGAGAAGUUAGCAGAAGCCACACGAAAGUAUGCAGCUCUCCAAAGUGAAUUGAAAACAGCACUAGAAUUACAACAAGGCGGAGGAAAAAAUAAGGGAAAAGUGAAUGUUAAACCUCAUUUACCAACAAGGAAGCUGAGAGAAUUGAAACUUGCAUUUUCAGAAUUUUAUCUGUCUCUUAUACUUCUUCAGAACUAUCAGAAUCUCAAUUACACUGGUUUUCGAAAGAUUCUUAAGAAACACGACAAGUUAUUGUCUGUAGACAGUGGAUCAAAAUGGAGGAUGGAAUGUGUAGAAACUGCACACUUUUAUACGUCAAAAGAUAUCGACAAAGUCAUUCAAGAUACAGAAACUACCGUAACAAACGAUCUAGAAGGUGGAGACCGACAACGUGCUAUGAAACGUUUGCGUGUACCACCUUUAGGAGAGCAUCAGAGUCCAUGGACUACUUUCAAAGUUGGAUUAUUCUCGGGUAGUUUCAUUGUUCUAUUUGUGGCAGUAGUACUUUCAGCAAUAUUUCACGAUGGCGGUGAAAACUUAAAGAUUGCAUUUAGAUUAUAUCGCGGACCUCUGCUUAUUAUACAAUUUUUAUUUCUCAUUGGUGUGAAUGUUUACGGAUGGCGAUCUUCCGGUGUGAAUCACGUAUUGAUAUUUGAAUUGGACCCGCGAAAUCAUUUGUCUGAACAACAUCUUAUGGAACUAGCGGCUGUUCUUGGAGUUAUAUGGACUCUUAGUUUAUUAAGCUUUUUGUACAGUGCUAGCUUAAGCAUUCCUCCAUAUGUGAAUCCAUUAGUUCUAGUCUGUAUUAUGCUAGCAUUUCUUUUAAAUCCAUUAAAAAUGUUUCGACACGAAGCUCGGUUUUGGCUAUUAAAGAUCAUUGGAAGAGUUUUAAUAUCACCAUUUGCGUAUGUGAAUUUCGCUGAUUUCUGGCUGGCAGAUCAAUUGAACAGUAUGGCCACAGCACUGUUAGACUUUCAUUUUUUAACGUGUUUUUACAUUACCAAUGGAAAUUGGUUAGAAGCAGGAGACAGCACGCAAUGUAUGUCCGGAUCCUUAAUUGUUAGACCUAUUGUUAACUGUUUGCCUGCAUGGUUCCGUUUUGCACAAUGUAUACGACGAUAUCGAGAUUCUAAAGAAGCAUUUCCACACUUGGCUAAUGCCGGAAAAUAUUCAACUACAUUCCUCGUUGUUAUAUCUAAUACGAUGUGUGCCUACCGCGCCGCGGAUUAUCCAACUCGUUGGGAAAAUCCAUGGUUGUGGCUUUGGAUUAUUAGCUGCAUUGUUAAUUCUAUUUAUUCGGUAACUUGGGAUUUAAAAAUGGAUUGGGGCCUUCUGGAUAGCAAUGCUGGUGAAAAUAAAUUUUUACGCGAAGAAGUAGUAUAUUCAGCAGCUGGGUUCUAUUAUUUCGCUAUAAUCGAGGAUUUUAUUCUGAGAUUUGCGUGGAUCGCGAAUUUUGUUCUUGUCGAAUGCGGAUACGUUUCCAGUGAUUUAAUGACGUCCAUAGUAGCACCUCUUGAAGUUUUCAGGCGAUUCGUUUGGAAUUUCUUCCGAUUAGAAAACGAGCAUUUGAACAAUUGUGGUAAAUUCCGUGCAGUCCGUGAUAUCUCGAUAGCACCGAUAGAAAGUUCUGAUCAAACGCAAAUUUUACGUAUGAUGGAUGAAGAAAAUGGUGUACUUAACAGAGGUAAACGAAAAGUCGGUGGUAAACGACAAGCUACUAGUAAAGAAGACAAACGAGCUUUGCUCAAGGAAGAAACAAUUGAUAUAGAUAUAUCAAAUGCUAGUUGAAAUUAGUUCAAUUGUUUUGUUAUUAAAACUCGCGUAAGGCAAUAUUGUUCCAAAUUCAAUAUAGUUUUGAUAAAAGUCUAUAGUGCACUCUAGAGAAUAACCGAUUAAUAUCUUUUUUUUUGUGCAUCAAAAUUGAAGAUUGUAAGAGUGCAUUGAACAAGUACCUUGUAUAUUCUGUUUAUCAAAUUUCUGCGAAUUUAAUAAUUUAGCUCUAUGCUUAUCCAACAGCGUCUUCCACAAAACUAUUUUAUCACGUAACAUGUGAUUUAUCGCUAAUAAAUUGGUUAGUUAAGGACUUAGAUAUAUGCUUUUAAUUAUUGUAUGAAAAUCUUUUAUUUAGACAAAGUUUGGGUUGUAUAAAACUACCAAUUAGUAUUCAAUUGGUAAAUACAAAGAAUUUUGUUGAACAGAUUACUUUAUUAGCGAUAUAUUAUGUGUAAAUUUGUAUUAUUAUUAUUAUUAUUAUUAUUUAUUAGGUAUUAUAAUCUUCAAUUUUGAUUAAUAAGUGCGUAGUUUCAUACUUGAAAAAUGUACAAAGUGUAUCAUAGUAGUUGUACAUAUUAGUCAGUUAUAUGUAGAAACAUCAUAUUUACAUUUCUUUAUUUUGGUGCAAAAAGCAAUAGUAUAAUCUAUUUAGUAUUAGAAUUAUAAUUUCUAACUAAAAAGAAAGAAAGUGCUCACUAUCUUGCAAUGUUCAUUAUUUUUGUUGUCAAACGUAAAUCCUGAAUUAAUAGCCAGUGAAAAGUCGUAUAUGUAACCGUCGAUUUCAUGGAACGAUUGUUUUUAAAAUAUACCGCACCACAGCUUCUUUCAUAUUAUUUCAGUAAUAAAUGUUUAAUAUGAGUUUGUCUUUUUUUGUGAUAAAAUGUACUACGUCCUAUGUUGUACAUUAAGAAAUACAAAAACUUACAUGCAGUGAAUGCAGAAGGUAUUUUAUAUAUUAUAGUUUCGUUUAAGCAAAAUAUAUGAUAAGUAGUCCUCUUGGAGACAAUGUUGAAUUAGAUACCAAGUACUGAAAAUUGUAUACACGUAGCAUUUUUAUACAAAUUUUCACGAUUACAUAUAUUCUGAAAAGCUUAAAGUAUGAAGUUAAAAUUUUUUUUUGUAACUUUUUAGAUACCAACAACAGUAGUAGUAGUAAUGAUAAUAAUAAUAAUAAUAAUAAUAAUAAUAAUAAUAUGCUAAUCUGUAUUUUAUGCUCAUUGAAGACAACUGGAUGUACAAAUCAUAAUCUAUCGUCCUUUUUUACACGUUUAGUAUAAAAUGAAAAUUAUUUUUGAAAAAUUCUCUGUAUUUUAUAUAGACAUAAGAAAAAAAAAAAUUAAAAUGAAGAAUGAUGAUAAUCUAAUUUUAUUCGCUCAAUUGUGAGUUUAAAGAACUUGUUAACAUUAAAUGUUUAUGUUAUAUAUUAGCCAUAAUAACGUAUCGUUCAUCAUGGCGUUGAUAUAUUCAUGAAUUAAAUAUAUUCCAAUGAUUGUGAUGAUUUUACACAUGUAUUUUUAUAUAUUUUGUUAUAGAAAUAAUAGCGACAACAAUGAAUAAUAAUAAUAAUAGUGAGCAAAACUUAUUCCUAUUAAAAGAAUGUAAGAUAUUUUUAUAUUUCGUAUACAACGUACGCAUGUAUAUGCUAGUUACAUGACGCGCAAUAUAUGCCAUAUGUGAUUUUACGUGUAAUUUUAAGUAGUUUGUAGUGAAUUGAACAUGUAAAUACUCGCAUAUAAGGUACUUAUAAUCCAUUAAUAAAAUAUUCAGUAUUUAAAGA